AUGUCUAAUCCUGAGAAAGCUCCUAUGUAUUCCGCUGGUGACCAGCACGGAGGCGGGUUACUACCUACCGCCCAGCCAAGCCAGGAGAACCCCCCUUACGAUACUUCCGCCCCUCCUGUGUACGAGCAAGGAACAGCCGAGCUCCCCAGCGAUGAGAAGCACCAGCAGCCUCCUCAAUAUGCCCCUCCUCCUGGAGUCGAAUCAUCACAAUCAGCCACGGAUGAGAAGCAAAAGUUGGCACAGCAGUACUUCCCACCGCCUCCUCCUGGUCCUCCUCCUGCGCAGGACCAACAUCAGCAAUCUGCUCCUCACCCAAACCCUCUCCAGGGCAACCCGGUAACUGCACCUCAACAACAGCAGGCGACUCAACAACCCCUCGACGCUCAGAAGGAGCAGCAGAGCUACACCAUCCCACAAUACGAUCCUGCUCAUCCCACUUUCGCACCUCCUCCUACAAACCCUACAAACGAGUCCAGCCAGCCAACCACCACAGCUCCUGUUCACAGUGAGCCCCUCGGCCAUGGUAAUGAUCAGACACAUGGACAUGGUUAUGGAUCUGGCCACGGCUACAAUGACGAUACAGGUAACGUCUCAACGUUCGUGCCUCCUGAGGAACACAAGAAGCCUGGUUGGAGCGAGCGCUUUAGCCAGCUUGGUAUGAAGGCCGCAGCGCCUAUCAACAGCUUAGCGCAUAAGUUUGGCAGCCAGAGUUUCCUCCCCGAGACUAUUGAUAAGGAGUGCGACAAGGCAGCUUCGAUUUUGAAGUCCUUCUGCAAAAACGGUGUCUAUGCCGACCCUGAAUCAAGCCAGGUUCCCACAUCAACAGAUCCCAAGGCAGAAGCGACCAACGACGAGAUCAUCGACCCUACUAAGGAGAAGCCCAAGAAGCGAGUGCUUGUAAACAUCCCUCCCAAGGUCAUCGCCAAAGCUCAGGGUCUCGCCAUCUUCACUACUCUCCGUGCCGGAUACGCAUUCUCUGGUGCUACCGGUUCUGGUAUUCUUAUCUCGCGUCUUCCCGACGGAUCAUGGGGCCCUCCCUCAGGUAUCCAGGUGCACUCUGUAGGUGCUGGCUUCAUGAUCGGUCUUGACAUUUACGAUUGUGUUUGCGUCAUCAAUAGCCGAGAGGCGCUCAACGCUUUCGCCAAGACACGUGUUGCCCUUGGUAGCGAUCUUGCUGUUGUUGCUGGCCCCUACGGAGCUGGUGGUGCUGUUGAGAUCGGUACUGGUGUAGAUGGAAAGAAGUCCAAGGAGGCCAAGGAUGAAGAGGCUCCCCCCAAGCCUCCUCGCCCUACCGAGGACAACCAGAACUUGAAGCCAGAUGAGAAGAAGAAGAACCGUCGCUCGCUUAGUGCCAGCGGUUUCAAGCCCGUCUUUUCAUAUGUCAAGUCACGCGGCUUCUACGCCGGUAUCCAAGUUGACGGCACAGUUGUGGUGGAGCGCAAGGAUGCCAACGCUGCAUUCUAUGGCGAGCGCAUCUCAGUUGAGCAGAUUAUCAGGGGAGAGGUUCCUCGACAAAGCCCAAACAGCAUGUGGCCUGCUGGUGCACGCAAUCUUCUCGAAACUCUCAAGGGAGCUGAAGUUGGUUCGCUCAAGGUUAAGCACAGUAAGGAUGGAGUGUCUCCAACAAAUGCCACAGGUGGACCUUCUGUCGACCCUGCUGCGCCGGUAGCUUCUGGGGGCGUUGGUGCUGAUGCAGCCCACCUCCCUGGUUACGUUGAUGAUGGAGCUCACCGACCUGAGGUUGGAGAUGUCAAAUAUCGUUAG